AUGACCGUUAUCGUCGAGCGGGUCACGGACACGUCGCCGGCAACGGUGGACAAGUACGCCGAGCUCAUCGCGCGCGCGUUCCGCCCGAUCCCGUUCACCAAGCUUCUGUCCGGGUUCGAGGGCGAGGGGGACGACGACCCCGGCUGGCUGCGGCUGCUUGCGCGUCUCAAGGCGGAGGUGUACGCCGGCGUGCGCGACCUCGAGGUAUGGUCUGCGCGGCGGGAGGGCGACGACGAGCCCGGCGCGGCCAUGAUCGUCGCGCCGCCCGGCGUGGAGUGGGGCAAGACCCCGCACGCGGACAACGAGUUCUCGCGCGAGAUGGACGCGCGGCAGACCGAGGAUCUACGAGAGACCCGCAAGACUAUGUGGGCGUACAAGGCCCAGGUCGCGGCGGCCUUCGGGCCAGAGGGCGAGACGCCGCGCUACAGCGUGUGCUGGCUCGCCACGGCGCCAGGACGCCAAAGGCAGGGCCUCGCAGCCGCGCUGAUAUCGCACGUCCUGGACCGCGCGCACGCAGAGGCCAACUACGUCACGCUGCUCACGCAGACCAAGGAGAAUGUAAAAUGGUACCUGCGCUUCGGGUUCAAAGUGCUCGCUGCUGUCGAGUUCCAGGUCAAGGACGUGCAGGGGGGAUACUGGACCAUGAGCUCGGAGAGGGAGGAAGACCGCAGGAGGUAG